GAGAACUCAACCCAGUUUGACAGUGAGUAUAUGGUGCUUACUAUAUGUGAGGGUUGGUUUCAGGAUGCUUUGCAAAAGUUACUUUGCUGUGCAUAGUGUUGUACAGUAUCUUGAAUUUCCCACAUAGUGUCUCUGCAGGCUUCAGCUUUAUACCAUUCAAGUAAUUUUUUUCACGUUAUUUUUGUAACUUAAUUUUAUUAGCAACUUUCAUAAAUUGAUUUGCAGUCCUGUAAUUAGCAAUGAAUAAAAAAAAACAUUUCUGUGGUCAUUUUUUACAUUUUAUUUCAGGGAUGAAUAUCACUGGAUAUCCUGUUCACACCAUGGCAAGGGGGAACACCACAACCAUUACCUUCAGCGCUGUGAGUGUUAAGAAUGGGAAUUCAUCCUGUUGUACAUUUGAUAAUUCAUUCAGCUACUCAUUUGAGAACUCAUCCAGUUAUGCAUAUGGCACACAUUUUGCAGACGCAUCUGAAGAAACCCCAUUUUACUAUGAUGACGACUAUAACAAUGACUAUGGCCCUUGCAAGUACAAGGCACACGGAGCCAGCUUCCUGCCAGUGCUGUACUCCCUCUUCUUCAUCCUGGGGUUUCUGGGGAACGCUCUGGUCCUGUGGGUCAUCCUGCUGGGGGCGAGACUACGCAGCAUGACCGACGUGUGUCUCCUGAACCUGGCCUUGGCUGACCUGCUCCUGGUCUGCUCCUUGCCUUUCCUGGCCCACCACGCUAGAGACCAGUGGGUGUUUGGUGACGUCAUGUGCAAAGUGGUCCUCAGCGCCUACCACAUUGGCUUCUACAGUGGCAUCUUCUUCAUCACCCUGAUGAGUGUGGACAGGUACCUGGCCAUAGUCCAUGCAGUGUACGCCAUGAGAGCCAGAACACGGAAGUACGGGGCCAUCGCUGCCGUCGUGACCUGGUUGGCUGGAUUCCUGGCCUCGUUUCCUGAGGCACUGUUUAUUAAAGUGGAGAAACACAACGAGAAAGAAAAUUGUCGCCCCGUCUAUGAUAGACACACUUGGGGAAUUUUUUGCCUUUUCAAAAUGAACACACUUGGUCUGCUAAUCCCCCUCGUCAUCAUGGGGUUCUGCUACACACAGAUAGUGAGAAAGCUGCUCAGUUCUCCAUCAUCCAAAAAGCAGGCCAUCAGACUUGUUCUCAUUGUGGUUGUGGUGUUUUUCUGCUGCUGGACUCCGUACAACAUGGCAUCAUUUUUCAAGGCCUUGGAGCUAAGUAGUGACAACCCAAAUUGUGAGAGUAGCAAAGCCCUCAGACUCACUCUACAGAUCACAGAGGCCAUGGCCUACUCCCAUAGCUGCCUGAAUCCCAUCCUCUAUGUGUUUGUGGGGCAGAAGUUUAGAAGGCAUCUCAUAAGACUGAUGAGCAAGGCUCCCUGCAGGAUGUGUCAGUUCAUGAAGAACUACCUGACCAGGGACUUGAGCGCCUUGAGGACAGGAUCUGUCUACUCACAAACCACCAGCGUGGAUGAGAGAUCUACUGCAGUGUGAACUGCAACUUAACUGCAAAGACAAAUACAUCUGACAUCACAUGUACAUUCCAAUACAUACAGUGCAUUCGGAAAGUAUUCAGACCCCUUAACUUUUUCCAUAUUUUAUUAUGUUACAGCCUUAUUCUAAAGUGGAUUAAAAGGUUAAUACCAAAUCCAGUGUCAAAUACAAUCAUCAGAAAAUAAUAGGCUCUGAUCCAGGUGCAUGGCGAAGUCUCAGAGGUUCGCACCAGGGGGUUGAGUUUUACAGAAAUCAACCCAAUCACUAUAAACUCCACAAACCAUUUAAUAUCCCUUUGUACAGCAUUUUGUCUAGUACAGUAUGUCUAUUUGAAGUUUUUGGCACAUUUUGCAAAGUCAUCAUUUUCUUUUAAAAUGUAUUGUAAAUCUGCUAGCACACGCUUACUAUGUAAAUACAGUAAUCAUUUUUGAUUCUAUGCAAAUAAAUGUAUUACAGUAACUUCA